CUGGUCUGGAUCCUGAUUGCUGGACUCGAUACAAAUACACAACAGCGACUAAGAUUGCUUACUAAUGGGAAACUUCAAUGCCCCCAGCGUCAACUGAGGCUUACUUUAUUGUGAUCCCGCCUCAGAAUCUGGCCUACUCGAAACUAUGCUUGAUCGUCGGUUUUUUUAAGAACACACCAGAGUUAGUUUCCCUACCCGGUGAUUACGUGUGCAGUCCGAAUUGAUCCUGCGUCAAAGAUCACUUUGUUUUCUACUUAUGGGAAAGCGCACUUCCGCGAAGCUUGCGGACGAUCCCAAAGGACAAAAAGCUUCCAAACGUACACGAGCUACCACUGAUAGCAAGAAGAACACCAAGACACCUGAUGAGUGUAACGGAACUGAGAAAAAGAAUUUUCAGUUUUCAUGGUGCUCUACCUACCCCGGUAGUCUUCCCUCGCUGAUUUCACCCAGUCUUAACAAGUGGAACUUGAAGAUAUGCUCAUGGAAUGUGAACGGCCUGCGUGCUUGGCUUAAGUCUGGUGGUCUUGGAUACGUCGAAGAAGAGACGCCCGAUAUUUUAGGAAUUCAGGAAACAAAGUGCUCACUGACAAAAACCCCUGCGGAUGCUAACCUUUCGAGCUAUAAGAUAUACUGGUCCUCUGCUCAGAAAGAAGGUUAUUCCGGCACCGGUCUAUACUCCAAAUUAGAGCCAAUCAGUGUCUUCUAUGGUAUCGGUGUGUCAAAUCAUGAUGUUGAAGGAAGGGUUAUCACAGCAGAGUAUGAAAAGUUUUAUCUAAUCACCGCAUACGUUCCCAACUCCGGUCAGGGUUUAGUAAGGUUGCCUUAUCGGCAACAUCAAUGGGACCCUGCGUUCCUGCAGUACGUGAAAAAACUAGACGCUGUGAAACCAGUCAUAGUCAGUGGUGAUCUGAACGUCGCGCACGAAGAAAUAGACCUCGCCAAUCCAGAUACCAAUCACAAAAGUGCUGGUUUCACCGACCAGGAACGUGCGAAUUUCACAAAGUUUCUUUCGGAAGCCAAUCUGGUUGACACGUACCGUGCUUUCUACCCAACACGUGAACGGGCCUACACAUUUUGGAAUUACAGAUUUGGAGCCAGGCCGAAGAACGCUGGUUGGCGUCUUGACUAUUUCCUGGUGUCAAAAAGGUUUAUGCCAUGUGUCCGCGACCAGGAGAUACGCUGCGCUGUCCCCGGAAGCGACCACUGUCCUAUCGUGCUUUAUCUCGAGAUCUGAUCCCGGUGAUAUGGGCACGCUACAUUUUUCGCAAUUUGUGAACUGCCAUUACGUAUGAAAAGUGUCAUUUUUACCACAACAGAUUAUAUGCACCUGAUGUCAAAUACGAAAGAAUUUCAUCCUUAUCGUUUUAUCGAA